CAACACAACAGAAGAAACACCAUAGGUAGAGAAUCUCGCAACAAAUAACAUGUACUGUUGAUCAGUACUACUCCUACUUAGCUAGAAAGAAAGAAGAAAAAAAAAAACAAUACAAAUAAAUCCAUCAAAUGAAGUAACUUAAAGCCACUAACCUUUCUCCUAUUACACCUUCAAACUAUCUUUUUUUUUCCUCUCAAUAUGACUCCUGAAGAUUCCUUAAGAACUCUCUCUUUAGAUUAUCUAAAUCUCCUCAUCAAUGGUCAAGCUUUUAGUGAUGUUACUUUUAGUGUUGAAGGUCGUUUAGUACAUGCUCAUAGAUGCAUCUUAGCUGCUAGAAGUCUCUUCUUUCGCAAAUUCUUCUGCGGGCCGGAGUCAUCUUCUGUCUCCGGCCCGCGGUUGGGCCCGUUCGGCGCUGGCGCUGGACUAGCGUCGUCGCCGAGGGGCACAACAACAAGUUGUUCACAAGUAAUACCUGUGAACACUGUAGGGUAUGAGGUAUUUUUAUUGAUGUUACAAUUUUUGUAUAGUGGACAAGUUUCAAUUGUGCCACAAAAACAUGAACCAAGGCCUAAUUGUGGUGAAAGAAGCUGUUGGCAUACACAUUGCACUGCAGCCGUUGAUCUUGCACUUGAUACACUUACAGCCGCUAGAUCUUUUGGAGUUGAACAACUUGCUUUGCUUACUCAGAAGCAUUUGAUAAGCAUGGUGGAGAAAGCUUCAAUUGAGGAUGUGAUGAAAGUUUUAAUAGCUUCAAGAAAACAAGACAUGCAUCAACUUUGGACUACUUGUUCUCAUUUGGUUGCAAAAUCAGGCCUCCCACCUGAAAUCCUAACCAAACACCUCCCUAUUGAUGUUGUUGCUAAAAUCGAAGAUCUCCGUCUCAAAUCCUCUAUAUCGCGAAGAUCUUUAAUCCCUCAUCAUCAUCACCAUCAUCACCAGCAACAUCAAAUGUCCUCGAACAUUGAGCUCGAGGACCAAAAGAUCCGACGAAUGAGACGAGCGCUCGAUUCGUCGGACGUUGAACUAGUCAAACUUAUGGUAAUGGGAGAAGGGUUAAAUCUUGACGAGUCACUCGCCUUACAUUACGCGGUUGAAAAUUGUAGCCGCGAAGUUGUAAAGGCUUUACUAGAGCUCGGCGCGGCCGAUGUUAAUUAUCAGGCCGGGCCGAGCUGUAAAAGCCCGUUACACUUAGCGGCCGAAAUGGUCUCACCAGAUAUGGUUGCGGUUCUUCUAGAUCAUCAUGCUGACCCGAAUAUCCAAACGGUGGAUGGGAUCACUCCACUUGAUAUUCUACGAACCCUAACGUCCGAUUUUUUAUUCAAAGGUGCGAUCCCGGGUCUAACUCAUAUCGAACCAAAUAAACUACGUCUAUGUCUUGAGUUAGUUCAAUCCGCGGCUAUGGUAAUUUCGCGAGAGGAGGGUGAAGCGAAUAAUAAUCAAUCUUCGGAGAACAUGUAUACACAUGUUCGCGAAGAUCAUAGUUCGAGUACGAGCAGUGGAAACAACAACUUGAAUUUGGAUUCAAGAAUGGUGUAUUUGAAUCUUGGUGCAAAUGUAGCAACUCAUCAUCAAAUGGCAUGCAAAAUGAAUAAUAAUGAAGGUGAUCAUGAUUGCAGCAGAAGCCACAAUAAUCAGAAUCCAUCAACAAUGUACCAUCAUCAUCAUUCUCAUGAGUAUUAGUUUGCUUAAUUUAUUAAAUUAUAUAGACAUUUUUAUGUUUCAAAAAAAAAAAAAAAAUACUUAGCUUUUUUUUUUUCUUUUUUGCCUCUACCCCUUUUUGAUGAUCUCUUCUUCUUUA